GAUCUAAAGAGAGACAGAACGGAGAGAAAGAGCGUCAGUUUUCUUGACUCUGUCAGUGUGAUCUCAGCGGGCGGAGGAGACAGCAGUACUUCCACCAGACCUAUGGAGGUGGAGGCCCACCCUGAGACCUGCUACCCCAGCCAAGGGCUCAACAGCCUGGGCAAGAAACACCAGACUCAGCCCCUGGACACAGAGGUGGCCCAGGAGAUAGCAUACCUGGAUGAGGUGUUGGAGGCUAACUGCUGCGACCCAGAGGUUGACACCAUGCCAUUGCCCUCUAACGGGACAGAGAAACCUGAGAGAGACCCCAGGGAUGUCGGUAUUGACGGAACUGGGCCGUCCGUCCACAUCUCCAACACAGACACACAAUCCCCACAGACCAACCAUGAGGUGAAAGUAGAGGGCAGGAAGCAAACCACCUUCAUAGACCACCAGGAAGUCAAUAACACCAGUAACUCCAAACCCGAUGGCCACUCUGGACCAAUGGGAGAGCAUGAGAACUACAGGAACCAGGGAGGAGAGACAACAUCCCCCACUGUGAUGACCAUGAAGAAGGAGGCACGUUUCGAGCUGCGGGCAUUCCAGGAGGAGAAGAAGCCUUCCAAGCUGUUCGACCCGUGUGAGAAGGAGGUGCGUGUGAAGAAGGUGCGUCCGUCGGAGGAGGUGGCAGAGCUGGAGAGGGAGCGGCUGGAGCUGAUCCGAGGCCAAGCCGUGAAGAAGAACCCUGGCAUGGGCACAAAAUGGUGGAACCCUCCUCAGGAAAAAAGCCUGGAGGAGGAGCUGGAGCCAGACAAACUUGAGUCACACAGGAAGUACGAGGAGAGGAAGCAGCAGCGGAAGUCAGAGUACAACUGGGGGUCGUCCCAGACGUACGCCCAGUACUCCAUGACCUUUGAGCCCGGCUUUGACCCUGAGUCCAACCGGGACCCGGCAGAGGUUCUCCAGAGCACCAAGGAGGACAUCCUGGUGGAGCAGAUAGACUUCUCCGUUGCCAGGAAGCAGUUCCUCCAGAUAGAACACGCCAGGCAGCAGCAGGCCGAGAGGUCACAGGUCACAGCCCCGAAGAGAGGCGUGGCACCUCAGCUCUACUCGGCCAAGCCCUUCUCCAGAGCGCCAGACAGCAUCACCCAUGUAGAUAGAUCCUCCAGCUCCUCCACAGUAGGCUACAGUAGUUGCCUGGGCUCGCCACUAGAGGCCAACGACAUCACCACACCCACAACUACAGUCAGGACAGAGGGGAUCUACUGCAUCCAGGGAGAGGCCCAGUCCCCCACUACUACCUUGGGACAGGAAGAACCCAGGAACAGUGGCCCCAAGGAGGCCACGAUGAACAACAGAGAAGGUGAUGGAGACUUCACCAGCGCCCGGGCCGUCAUGACCAUCCUGAAAGAUGAGGGAGACUCUGAGCUGUUUUCCUCAUCCCUGCAGCAUCGUUCCUCCUCCCAAUCCUUCCACUCCCCCAGCGCCUCCCUGUCCUGCCACCCAGAGGAGUGUGACUCUGGACUGGACGAGCUCUCCCUGCGUUCCCAGGAUACUACUGUUCUGGAGACCCUGUCCAACGACUUCAGCAUGGACAACAUCUCCGACAGCGAUGUGUCAAAUGAGACCAUGUCGGCCUAUCUGGGGGAGACGUCUCUGGGUGAGUACUCAUUCCCCUCCACCCCCCAGGCCACCACGCCCGUCAAUGGCAAGAUGGAAGAAGACACCCUCAGAUCCCUCGGGGAGCGGCGCCGGGAUCGGGAUCCGGAGGAGGAGGAGCUGGAGUACCAUGCAGAGCUCCUGGUGCAGAGUGCCAUCCAGCAUGCCCUUAUGAACCAGUCUCAACAGGGAGAAGAGUGGCAGGGGGUCCCCCGCGCCACCCCACAGUCCUUCCCCUACCCCCUCCCAGAGAGGCACCUAGACUUAGACGUCCUGCCGCCAUCUUCUGGGAUGCUCUCACCUCCACCCCCAGAACACCAGUCACCCACACUCCUAGACCACCCUCCAGCAUUCCUGGCCCUCCACUCACCUCCAUCCCCCCAGCUCCACUCACCUCCAUCCCCCCAGCUCCACUCACCCCCCAGCUCACUGCAGCAGUGGCCAACACCCCAUCAGUCCGUCCAGUCACCCCCACCCCAGUACCAAUCAAGUCCAUCGCAAACCCCCCAGCAACAGUCACCACAAGCUCAGUUCCAGUUAACUCCAAGCCAACAUCAGUCUCCUCUCCCACAGCAGCAGUCCCCCCCAGCCCAGAUUGAGAAACCUACCUACGCCCCCCCUCCCCGGAGGUCCUCUUCUGGAGGUCCUAAAAUCCUCGUCCAGUCCGCCCUCAGUCGCUCACUGGCCCUGAAUCCAGACCCCGUCCCAGUUCGCACGCCCGUCCACAUCUCUCCUCGCACUGUAGAGCCCUACCAGCCUCCAGAGCUGUCGCCGACCCCCAGCGAGAAGGACCAGUUCAGUUACUUCUCUAAGUACUCCGAGGCGGCCGAGCUCCGCAGCACCGCAGAAGCGACCAGAACCCAGGAGACAGAGCAGAGCACCGGGCCGUUCAAGCUGCGCUCCCGGAAGCAGAGGACUCUGUCCAUGAUCGAGGAGGAGAUCCGCGCGGCACAGGAGAGAGAGGAGGAUCUGAAGAAGCAGAGGCAGAGCCUGGGAGCGGUGCGAUCCGGACCGGGCCCCAGAACAAACCAGACAGGGAGGCCCAAGACAAUGCCUAUCAACUCCGGGGACAAGCAGAAGACCAACAGCCUACCCGCCAAACUAAGUCUCUCAGGCAGCCUGCCGCCCACAAAACUCCCCAGCAAGACGGCACCAGGUAAGAUAGAGAAGAUCCGUCCUGUGACUCCUGCUUCCCCCUCCUCGUUUGAGGGUCCCCUGCCCUCGCCCUCUCGGACCUGGGCAGUGAUGACUCCGGGGGCGGUAGUCAUGCAGACCCUGAUAGUGAAGCGCCGGGGAAAGGAGAAACAGUAUCAUCGCAGGGGCUUUCCUGUGGAAAAGGAAGUGCUGGAGGCCACCCGCGUCACACGCAGGAAAAGCAACAUGGCGCUGAGGUGGGAAGCGGGGCUUUACGCUAAUGAGGAUGGAGAGGAAGAAGAGGAAGAAGAAGAGGAAGAAGAAGAGGAGGAGGAGUAG